AUGAUCUUCCUCCUCUUCUUGUUUGGUCUGGCUCUGGGUGCAGAGUCUCCUUCUGAUGACAAAGAAGUCAAGCUACAACUUGAUAACCAGGCGGUGAAGUUACUGCGUGGAAACUGUCCCUUGUUCUGGUACAGCUUCAAUGGCUGCUGCUACAAAUAUGUUGCCACACACAUGACCUGGGCUGAUGCAGAGUUUUACUGUUUGUCAGAGGGAGCAAACCUGGUGUCUGUCCACAACAAAUACCAAGAUGACUUCAUCAAAUCCCUGAUCAGGAACUUUGAUCAUGCUGGGGGACCCACUUGGAUUGGACUCAGUGACAUUCACAGAGAGGGCAGAUGGAUGUGGUCUGAUGGUUCUGCUGUACGUUUUGCCUAUUGGAAUACAGGCGAACCAAACAACAGCGGAGGACGAGAACAUUGCGUACUAAACAACUAUGGUACAGCCAAGAAGUGGGGUGACUACUCAUGCUCUUAUAGUUAUCCCUCUGUUUGUGCAAAAUGCAAUGUCUGUAAUUAA